CUACAUCUCCCACCAUGCUCUGCUCGCGCGGCCGCUUCCGGUGCAGGCAGCACUUCCGGCAGUGCGCGGCCGAGCGCAGACGCCUGGAUUUGAUUGUCGCCAAGGUGCAUAAUGGAGCCCUUAACCCUUUCAGAGCCACAGCCUUCCCCACAAAACAGCUUGCCCACACCACAAAAGUACCACCAUGUCCUGGUUGGUGUUACUGGAAGUGUGGCUGCCCUGAAGUUGCCUAUUCUUGUCUCGGAAUUGCUGGAGAUUCCUGGGCUGAAAGUGCGUGUGGUAACAACCGAGAGGGCAAAACAUUUCUACAACCCCCAGGAGAUUCCCGUAACCCUCUACAGUGAUACUGAGGAAUGGCAGCUGUGGAAAGGGCGUACGGACCCAGUCCUCCACAUCGACCUGAGGCGCUGGGCCGACCUGAUGCUAGUGGCUCCUCUUGAUGCAAAUACACUGGCAAAAAUAGCAAAUGGCAUCUGUGACAACUUACUGACCUGUGUCAUCCGCGCAUGGGAUAUGACCAAACCCCUGCUGUUCUGCCCUGCUAUGAACACAGCCAUGUGGGAGCAUCCUAUUACAGCUCAGCAGGUGGAGCAACUAAAGGACUUUGGCUACACGGAGAUCCCUUGUGUGGUGAAGAGGCUGGUGUGUGGGGAUGAAGGUCGAGGUGCCAUGGCAGAAGUAUGGACCAUUGUGGAGAAGGUGAAGGCUAUCCUUUCAGAGCGGGACUUGCUGACACAGAGCUGAUUCCUUGAUGAGAAAAAAAUACAUUGAAAGAGAGCACACAAGGCCUUGUAUUGACCUUUGCCCUUUUGUAUCCAUUGAUGUGUGGAGAUGCAGACGUCAAACAUAAACCAAAAUGAACUUUUGGCUCUGCCCGGUGGUGUGCUGCAGGUCUUAGAAUCAACACGUUUGGCCACUCUGGAAAGCCUGGGGAAGCUGUUCCCAAGAGACUUUAAUGCUCCUUUUGAAAUUGAAAAUGAACUGCAUGAUAUGAGGAAGUUGGGAAAUCCUGACCAUGGACACCAGCCGU